AUGCCAUUCUCAAAUAUUUUUUUUUCCAGACCAUUAUUUAAAAGGAAAAUACCACCUUACCCAAUAUAUUGGAAAGGUGACCCUCAACUUAGAAUAUAUUUACCCUUAUUUUGGAUGAAAUUAUUGAAACCAAAAGUUAAUAUACCAAAUGAUAGAGUCCAUUUUGAAAUUCAUCCACAGAUGACUAAAAUUGAUGUCAAAAAUUAUUUAGAGAAGAUUUACAAUGUGUCAGUUAUAGAUGUUCAAGUUAAAGUUGAUCUAGGUAUUCUAAUCAGAUUUAUUGACAUGUCAACAAAUAUUCAGUAUGGUUUAGAUCAAGACAGAAAAUAUGCUUUUGUUACUUUGGGAAAUGGAGAAACAUUUACGUUUCCUGAUAUACUAAAAGCCAGUCCUUUAAAUAAAGUGGAAGAUGAAGUAAAAAUAGGCAGAGAAAUUUCAAAAUCAGAAAAAAUAAAAUAUUGGGACAGAUUAUCGAUACCUAAAUGGUUUAGAUAG